AUGCCCGAGGCUGGAAGACAGAACCUCGUCCGGGGUGGCUCACCGCUCCGAAGCCACAGAAGGAAGUUUCGAAAAGCGGGGCGGGCGCUCAUCAGUCACUGCCGGGAAGAGCAGCAGCUCCGGGACCGGACUUUUCAGCGGGACAACCAGGAGCAAGUGUACGGAGGGCUGCCCUGUCGCCAUGGCAACAGAGACGCUUCCCUGUGUUCUCACAGGAGCGCGCAACCUCGCGAGAUAAGGGAGGGAGGCUUCGGGCGUCUGCAGCCGCUCUCCGAAAAUAUAACCGAGUUCGUUCAUUCCUUCUAG